GAUAAAUUAAAAAAAUAUAUAUAUUUGUAAUAUUACUGAAAAUGAUUAUUCUGUUGCUCUCAUAAAGGAGCAAUGGAUAUUGUUCUCGUUUCCAGCGUUAAAUAAGCCUUUGCCAAAGAACAAAACAUUAUUUUGGGAAAUGGGCAGCACUGCAAUGGAUCCUAAGAAGAAAAAUGAGAAGAAAAAUUCAAGAAAAAGGAGAUCGCUUCGGAUAAACAUGCCCGACUUGAGCUCCUUCGCCAUGCCGUUCCUGGAAGGAGAUGCAGAACAUGCCAAGGAGGGGGAGCUUAGCUGCCGUUCAGCCAGCCCGAGCAAAAACUUCUUCAGCCGGGGUCCGUUUAGUCGGCCCUCUAGCCCCAUGUCCGCUCCGGCCCGAUUCAGAAACUGCCCUGGAUCUCCCAAACCCGUCUUCCCCUACUCCUCCAACCACGACUCCUCACCCAAGUGUUCACGUCGCCGCAGCUUCACCGGAAUCUUUCGCUCAUCCUCCAAAGACUCCACCAAUCCCUCCACGUCUCCUGUCAGCAUCAAACUUUUCUCUCGGGCCAGGAAAGGUAAGAGACACGUAUUGUCAAUCUCUUAAACAGCUGCCAGAAUGCUUACAAUCUGAAAAAGCAGGAAAAACAUUUCAAUGGGUCAUCAUGACAAAUCACAUUUCCCUUCCUCUUUGGAAAUACUUUUGAUAACUGACUUUUACAGUAUAACUUAAAAAUCCCUAGACUACCAAGACUAUUUAUUGAAACUACUAA